CGCUGCUGUUCGAGAUCCGUUUGUGCAUGUGAACAGAUAGUCACUGCGUCCUUCGCAUCAGCUGAAACUCCAGAUCAUUUCCGUCUUCAUCAUGUGGUGAAGGCGAUUCUGUUUCUUACCCCCCUUCAUGCUCCUUGUUUUUCUUGCAUUCCUUUUUUGCCCGUGGUUGGGUCUCAUGCUCGGUGACGUGUGCCACAGCAGCGAGUGCCGCGUGCGGCGCGAUGGGCGGCGGCGUGUGGACCAGAUCAUUUCUUUUGCCUUCCAAGAGUCUUUACGUUUCCUUCUUCUUAUUGUUCGUUGCGUUCCUCUUCUGUCUUACUUUUGGGUUACCCGAUGUCGGUGCCUCUGACUCGCAGUUCCGCCGUCCGCUGGACAUGACCACCCACCCCCUCUCACUGUCAAGGUGUCGUUCUGCGCGUCUUUCCACGUCGAAAUCUUCGAUGAAUUGCGCCUCACUUAGCCCGUUUUCAGUCUCCACUGAAAUCCCGACACAUGCGCCUCUUCCUUCAUCUACGUGUGCACUUUGCCCUUCGUUUCUACUCGUCCCCGUGGCCUCGCCUCCGUUCGCAACAGGCAAACUGAGCGCGGGACAUGUAGAGGGGGGCCGACGCGCCAGGCGCCCGGUUCACCGUGCGUUUUCGUUUGCGUUUUCUCAGCCAUUCGCCAGCGAAGAACAUCGGAUAAGACACUGCUGCUAUUCGGCUCCUCGGAGUCCUCCAGGCGUCAACAAGUCCGCCAUUUCCAAGAGAAUCCGGGCAGACGACCUGCUGAUCCAGCGAGGCCUUGCCGACACGAAAAGCCAAGCGGCCUCACUUAUUCUCCUCGGACGUGUGGCUAUAUCUGUGCGCGGAAAAGCGCGAAAGAACAGGCAAACGAAGAAAUCCACUGCUGAAGGAAACUCGACGGAAACGGACGCGACUCGGGUGUGCAAGGAAGAGCAAACCUCAGCGUCUGGCGUCCACUCUCGAGAGGAAGCAGAUGAACUGCAGAGUGCGAUUUCGAUGCUGAGCCACUCGUCGAAAGAACCCGUCGCGUUCGUUCCUCACCAAGACCGACUCAAGGCCUGGCAUCGCGUGAUCUCCAGUGGACGCUACCGAAUUCUCACGAAAGCCGGAGAGGUUCUCCGAUUAGAUGAAGCAGACCCGCCGUCCGUGCUGCUUCAUCCGCAGCCUCGUUUCGUCAAUCGAGCUGGAGAAAAACUCGAAGCUUUCCUUGCCAGUCUCUCCUCUUUCUCUAGAGAAAAAAGAACCUACGCGUUUUCUUCUUCGGUUCCUACUUCUUCCUCUUCUGCAUUUCCAGCAUCUUCUUCUCCGUCGCCUGCAUGCCCGUCUGACUUGGUCUCUCCUUCCUUGCGUGCUUCAAAGACUUCUGACCUCGCUAAAAUCCCCGUGGUUGGGAGGAAAUCUCCAGCGCAUGAAGAAGCAGAGCAGAUCCAGAGAGAGGCGAACACGAAGCGGAAACUGACAGCGGCAAAGGGUGACAAUUCGGAGACUGAGACCGAAGGACAAACUCCAGACGAACGAGGAAAAGAGAGGACAGAACCUCUCGAUGUGCUCUCUGAACGAGGACUGGAAAUAGACCUCCCAGCUGUGCAGCAGCGGGAGGAAGGCAGCGAAUGUGAAAAGGGAAAAGGUUGCCGAGAAAACACGGCUUUGCAAGUAAAUGUGCAGAACUUCGAAGAAGAGAAACGAGAAAAGUCCGCUUCGGGAAUCUUCUCUCUCGAGGGAAAAACAGUUCUCGAUGUUGGAUCUUCGACAGGCGGCUUCACAGACUGUUGCCUGCAACGGGGAGUCCACAAAGUCGUUUGUGUCGACGUAGGGAAAGGCGAACUGCAUGCAACGCUGCGCUCCGAUCCACGCGUGGUGGCCAGGGAAGGCGUCAAUGCGCGGUAAGGCUCAACAGAGCUCAGCAGUUUGUGAUCAAGGUUGUACAUCGUUUUAUCCCCGCGACGGAGCGAUUCGCCUCUGAGUAGCAGAAAGGACUUUCAACUACUCUGCCUCAAAGCGGACGACCCGCAGACGGUGGCACUGAUCCUCCUCGCAUGGGAGUAGGGGCUCUGCUAACGGUUGAUGAAAGACAACACACCAACGUUCAGACACCUUGAGGCGCCAUUCGAGCGAAACCGCAAUCGUAUUUCUGUAGAUCCUAGACUCGGAUCAACCGUGCAGACAGACGGACGUUAGGCAGGAUACUGACAAACAGAACAUCCUUGUAGUUGUACGGCUAUUCCAGAUACUGUUUUCGCCUCCUGCGCGGGACUCCAAAGAGAGAAACGCGCGGAUACAGAUCUCCAGGUUUCUUCCGUAGACUCAGUUGUUUUUGCGAAUGGAGGGAGAAACACUCUCUCUACAUCGCCGGCGUCUUUGAGCUGUGCAUGUAAGCCUGAGGACGAUGCUGGACGUACAUCCGGUUCGUUUUCUCUAUAAAAAGGGAGAGGGGAGCGCCCCUUCGUGCUGUCUGUGUUCCGCGGGUUUGACUCAACGACUCUCCAUGUUUCUUUCGCAAUUCACACAAGCGGGAACAGUGUUUUUGUCUUGCGCCGAGAACAUGCUCGACCGGUUACAGCUGAAAACUCCAACGUGUGAGCUGCUGGGGACUGCGCUGAUCAUCCUUCUUGAGUUCGAGGGCAGGUUCUACUUUGUAAGACUUUGCAUCUUUCAUUCGACGCUUCUAUUCCAGCUUUUGAAACGCGUCAGUCGUAAGACUUCGUUGGAAAUCCUCAAUCACUAGCAAAGAAGGCAACUGUACUGGAGUUCCAGCACACUCGCGCGACCGUCCUUGGUGACUAGGUGAAAUCUCCACAUGUCACAAAAGCUUGUGGACGCUAUUUUGAUUUUCUUGAACAUGUCACGAGUUCGAUGAUCUUCGGAUUGCCUCUAAAACUUACGAAUUCCUGCACUUUCGAAUUUCGUUUUGUCGAGAGUCUCUGCACGACCUGGUGGCUUCCUGUCUCAGAAAGCUCUGCAUUGGACACUUGCGUCUUCUGUGUGUGGGAGUACUGUUGCGCGUCUCGUCUUUUCACAGUUGCAUGCGUUUUCGCGCUUUCUCAUGAACAUGCCCAUCUCCAUGGUUUCCGUUUCAGUUCCUGUCCUGCGUGUCAGAGAGGCACCCGGGCGUGAAGCGUCUUGCGAUCAGUAAAUUCAGGAUUUGAAACCCCAGUGAUUCUUGGUGUUUUGAAGACGUUUCUCGGAACGCGUCGUCUAGAGUUUGGUCCCCGGUUCUUCGCGCCCUUGCAGAAAUCGUGUACUUGCAUUCUUCGUUUUGAGUUGCCAAUGAUGGAAAGUCUGGUGGCGAAGCCUCAUCCCUCUCGCUGAAGCGUUGCGGGGAGAGCCGGGGGAGUGGAGAGCAUUGCAUGCAAUCCGUUUCUCAGGUCUCUCUGUUGUGACUCCUUCAGUUUAGGAAGGGAAGUGAGAGCGAAGGUGCCUUCCAUGUACACUUGAUCGCUGAGGCCUCGGCGACAUUCCACGAGAAAUACAGUCCAAUUGCAUAGUUUUCUCCGUGGUGGUGUUCCUCCUGUUACCUGUACAGUGCUCAAUAGACCCGUCUUUUCCUGUGGUUCGUUAGCCGCCUGUCUACAGAUUGUUCGACCUCAUGUACAGCUUCGGUGAAAGCGAGGUUUUCUGGAUUUCUUUAUGGUUCUUUACCGCACUUUUGUGCGGGAUACUCUCUUAUCCAAUUUUCUAGUUUCGUCAGAACUGAAGUCAAAUCAAGGAUCGAAUUCCGUCCUUCCUGUUCAUUCUGGGAAUCGGUUUCUGCUGAGACGUCGAGUCUACUUUAGUUCCUCGUCAAAAGUGCAUGUCGACUUAUCGGGACUGGUACCUGCACGCUUGCAUGCAGUUGUGAAGCUCGCUGUGAGAAAAGAAAGUGGAGGCGCAGAAUCUGCGACAGCGUCAACACUUCGAGUUGUAUAUUCGAUGUCUGUACAACAGCGCAUGCCUGGUUUCAUGUAGGAGACAUGAAAGUGACAACGCGUGUGGUAAAGUUUUUAUCUCAGGAAACAUGCAUUUUCUGUAAAUGAGGAGCAUGCAGAAACAUAUUGUUCAUCGUUACUUCUCACAAGCACUGGGCAGGUGUCAGGGUCCUUGUCCUUCGUAACUACACUUUGCGGAUUCCUGCGGUCUUUGUGAAGAGCUGGUUAAAUAAUUUUUUUGACUGCAGGACCCCCUCUCAUAUCCGCAUGAAACGCUUGUUGCAACAAGGCGACUGAACUUUAUCUGCUGUCAAAGCGCCUGGAAAGAAGGACACACAUGUUUAGCUGCAGAUGUGUGAAUUGCAGGUAUCUCACCGCCGCGGAUGUUGGGCAGGAAGACUUCGACUGCGUUCUUGUAGAUCUUUCUUUCAUUUCGCUGAAAAAAGUCCUGGAGAGAGUCUGGACAUUUGUCAGAUCCGAAGGACUUCUCAUUCUCCUCGUCAAACCUCAGUUCGAGGUCACUCCGGUAAGGCGAGUUCCUCUGUGUACACGGCUUUGUAUUGUUGCCUAUUUUCUACACGGUGCUUGUGCCAGUGCAGCCUCUUCGUUUUCUUCGGUAGCAACAGUGCACACCCGUCAGCGGCAACUCGUGAACUGGGUUCUGCAAAGAGUCGGUCCCCCCUCCGUCCUUUUUCAAAAUUGGGAAAAGCAUACACGAAUGCUGGAGUCUUCGCUCAGUCACCUUUCUUGGCGAUCUGCUUUUGUGGAGCGCGGUGCCUUGUUCGCCCUGGUCUCUGCUGGAAAUGCGCGAAAAAAACAUGAGGAGGCAGUGCUUCCACCUCGCCGGGCAUGCCCUUCUUGCCGAGGGGAGAUUCAGAAAAAGGGAUAUCCUGCAACUGUUUUUCAAGUGGAAAGACAAGCUGCACAACACUAAUGAUACGCACUUUGGCAGUCUCCUCCAUGAUGAUGGAUCUUUCUCGCAUGGAAGACUCGCCUUGAAUUCUUGUUGAUCUGGCGGGUGUCGCGGGGCAGACGAAAGCUUUCCUUACGCCUGGUGCGUAUGUCCUAUCCAUACUACUCAGCAGUCGUUCUUAAGCUCGAACCAUGUACGUUUGCAGAUAAUCCAUAGUUCAACAUCACAGGCGACCGCUGCUCAACCUGGGACUGUAUGUUAUCUACUCGCGGCCGUUCUGUCAACAGAACCUGAAACACAAUUUUGUGCGUCUUCACAGAUGCCCAGACACUCACGAAAAUCGCGAAUCCUUGUCAAAGAGUGAUCGUCGUGCGUGACCAAAGGCCUUCGG